AGGGGGGCAGACGGGGUUGCGAGGUAUGGAAACCUCCAACCGUCCGAAAUGAUUGAGUUUGUUCCCGGCCUGAGCGAAGGGGAAAGAGAGACAUCUAUAAGAAGGCUCCUGCUGGUCUUUGGUCAUCGUGCAUCACCAGCCUCGCCUUCCUUUACAUACCACAGCUAGCAACUAACAUACUCACUUCUUCACGAUACCCCUAAUCUUCAACCCCCUGCCAAAAUGCCUUCCACCGUCGUCUCCACCCCCGUCCCCGCCGGUGUCGACCGCAACGCCGUCCUCUCCGCCAUCCACAACCACGACCUGAUGGUCAAGACCCUCUGCCCGGCUCUCAUCUCCUACAACCUCGAGUCCGGUUCCGUCGGCGUCGGCCAGUCCGCCACCUACUCCGUCACUGACAAGAAGCCCAUCGGCCAAACCACCUACCAGCUCACCAUCACCAACCUCGAGGACGGCGUCGACACCCUCGUCAACGCUAAGCCCCCCGUCGGAACCCUCGUCAUCACUGGCAAGUGGCGCAUCAUCAACGAGGCUGCCGGCCUCAUCCUCCGCGAGGAGGUCGACAUUGAGGCCAACAUGCUCAUGAAGAAGAUGGCCAAGGGCAACGUCGAGAAGACCCACCCUGAGCAGCACGCUGCUCUCUUGGUCCAGGCUGGCAAGGCAUAAAUGAUGUAUCAAAGCGACUAUACCCCAUUGGCUGAGUUCAUCGCCUAUGGAAUCCGCUCGGUGUGAUUGGCGUUCAACGGAUAUUGGGAUCUUGUGAUGAGAUUACCUCUGAUACAAUAAUGGGAAUAUGACAUUUUUGGGACAUCA